AUGGUCCACGUACCAUUAGCAAUCAAUGAAGAGAUUGCACUUGAAGGAUUAGAUGGAAUUACUCUAGAAAGUUUUUGGUUCCGGAUGUCUGAGAGAAUGCAAUGGCCACUUCCUUUUAAUGAUAGAUUUAAAGCUGAGCUUUGGAAAAUCAUUUUAAAACGAGAUUAUUUUGAAUUUUAUGAAAUUGAAGCACCAAGAAAAUGCGUUGGACGAUUAAAUAGAAUUCAAUAUCAAAGUCACGAUGAACAAGCAACAAAAGAAGUCCAUGAAUUCUAUCAUAUAUACUCAUAUGCUCCAGUCGAUGAUCUUGAAGUACGAGGAUCAUGCAGUGAAUUUAAGACACGUAAAAAAUUGAACCGAGAUGAACUCAAAAAUUUGUCAUUUCUCGAAGUUGUGAAACUGUUUGGCGAAAAAUUGGUAGUUGUAGCGAGUCAGAAGUUACGAAAUUCAGUUUUAAUUCCUUCAAAUAUUGGUCGAGAAUGUGACAUUAAUAAUCAUGUUUACUGUAUUUUGGAACGAAUUGGACGAUCGCGAUAUUUUGGAGAAACAACAUCCGGACCAUAUUCAUUGAAUGACUAUGUUAAAGACAGCAAGUUGCUUCAUUACUUCCGAAUGUGCUUACUAAAGAAUAAUCUUGUAUUUCGUCAGCAAAUUUUUCAAAGAAUGAAUAGUAAAUCACAAAUUACACAACUCUUUCACAUUCCCAAAUAUUAUGUCGUUGUUCGUACUUCAGAUUUGCUACAAGUCGAGAAAUUAGUGACAUUCUUAUUUACUAAGCCUAAUAAUAUUGCACCACAUGAAGAAGUCCGAAAUCACUUAAAUUUAAAAUCACAAAAGAUUCUUGUUCAAUUAAUGAGAGCUAAAAGUGAAAUAUUCGAGUAUAAAAAGUUUCCAUAUCGUACUCUUUAUCCUAAUGCUACAAAAAAGGAAUAUGCUUCAAAAAAUGGCAUAGAAAAGACCAUUUUAGCCAUCAGACUCAUCGAUCCAAAUUUAAAUAUUUUCCAAUUGUAUGAAAAUGAAGAAAAAGACACGUCAAUUGAUGAAGAAAAGGAAGGAUUUUUGGAUGUUUCAAGGCAAAAACUUAAAAUUCCGUUGGUUUAUCAAGUUAUUCAAAAAAUAACAGAAUCAGGCUGUCGAGGAAUCUCACAAUCAGAACUUGGAAAAUAUUUUGGAUUGUCGAAAUUAAAUUCGAGAGCUGUACUUAGAAAAGUCCUUAGAACUGAAAUAACUACUUACAUGCGAGAUGAAGGACGUCAAAGAAUCACAAUGUUCAUCAGCAAAAAGUUUGCAGGCGAAAAGAGCCAAGUGUUUGUGAAUCAAGUGGCAAAGUUAUUUAAGAAAGCAGAAGAAAAUAUAACUCAAUCAUCAACAAUUCAAAUGCUUCCAUACGAAUGUCUAGAAGCAACACAAGAUGAAACCAUACUUACUCCAAUACCAUCAACAGAAUCCUCUCCAACAAAAGUUUCAAUUCCAAUGAAUUUUUUAAAGCAAGAAGCGAGUUCUAGUAUUAUUCAAUUUGUUCAACAUCCAGAAAAUGAGUCAUAUCAGCAAAUUUUAGAUAUGGAAGGAAGGGAUGACAUUAAUAAAGUCAUUUUAAUGCCCAACGAUGAUUAUUCAUUUGUUGAUAAUGUUGAGAGUGUUCAGGUAUCGUUAAAAUUCCUUAAUAAUAUCCCUGGACUACAAAAACAAAGCACUGGAUUACAAGAAGAAUUGGCACGAAAUCGAGUGAGCGAAAAAGUACUAUUUAGAAUGAACGUAAUCCUUGAUGCAAUUAGAGAUAAAGCUGUUAUGGAUCCCGUGAAUCUUUUAAUGGAAUUAAGAAAAGCUGAAGUAAAUUUUACAGAAAAUAUUUGUCGAAAAUCCUUACUAAGUUUAUGCUCGAGACUUGCGGCUGAUAAUUUCAUUAAAGUCAUUGAAAUGGAACUGACAUCAGCAACAAAAACGGUAAAAUUAUUAUUUUUUGGAGAACCAACAAUAACAUUUGAUAUGCGAUGUUGGCAUUCAAUUAUUGAGGAACAGAAAAUACAACAUUUUGUAGCUAUGACAAAACCAAUUAAAGAGCAAGAUGAUGUUAUUCAAAUCCCUAGUAAUAAUAGCUUUUUAUCGAAAACAUCUGUUGGAUAUGAUGAACUUUCAGCACAAUCACCAAUUCAUGAACAUUUCCCUAAAUUUAUGAAGUAUAGAUUAUUCCAUGAAUUUCUAUUUUAUUUAAUUUAUGAUUAUCCAGUGGAAGUAGAGAAGAUUCAUGUCAAAAAGGCUGUAGAAAUUUGGCGACGAGAGAAUCAAAGGCUUACAGACUAUGAUGAAAUUGCUGAAAAAAUUUCAAUUUGUUAUAGCACAGACAUAAAUUGGAAAAUGUUUAUCCCACCUUUAAAUCCACAAUUUGGAUAUGAAAAUGGAUGGGGAUUUUUACGUGACAUUAUUCAUAGAAUUCCAUUAAUUCUUUAUGUCAAAUUUACACGCUAUGGAAAUGCUGUGCCUGAAAUUACUGACUAUUUAUCACAUCCAAUCAAAAGUAAUUAUUUGCUGCACUUUUUACCGCCAAAAAUCUUCUCAAAACUCACUCAAGGACGUAAAUUCAUUCAAGUCAUUGUUGAGAUUUGUAAACGAUUAUGUUGGAUGGGAAUUUUACAAUUUGGACCAAUGCGAACAAAAGAAAUUGAUCAAAGCUUUAUUUAUUUAAAUCGUAAUGCUAUGCUAUUGGAUACACGAAGUUCUGAGCCUGGAUACAUGGAAGUAUCUGAAAAGGAAUAUCCAAAAUUAUGCUUUACAUUCAAUUCAAGUGAGGAUGUCUCUAAUUAUUGGUCAUCAAUGUUUGAAAUCUGCAUAAAUACUCGAAUUAAUCAAAAAUCACUAGCAUUUGGACAAACAAUCAUUCUCGAACAAUUGCACACAAAACCUGACUUGCUUAAGACUUUAAAACCACAAACAGCUAUAUCGGCUAUUAGAAAUGAUAAUGGAGAAAUUCCUGGUGAUCGAAAAGGCGCAGGAGGACUCGAUAAAGGAUUUAUGUCACAUUUGAAGCAAAGUUGGUCACGAUCUAUAGACCGUAAAAAACGUCCAAUAUCAGCAUUGACAAUCGAGAGAAAACCAAAAGCUGUAAAGAAGGAAAAGGCAGAAAAAGUUAAAUCUGAAAGUAAGAAAAAGAAGUCUGCAAAAGUGAAGGCAGCAGAAACGCAAAUACAAAGAUCGAAAGCAAUUUUGCAGUCAAACUUUAAAGGUGUCAGCAGUAAAUCGAAAAUAAUUAGAAAAGUAAAGCCAAAGAAACAAACUGUAAAAGAAUUGAAGAAAAAGUCGGAGUUAUACGAUGACAUUGACAAAGAGGCUCUCAAAUUAAUGAAAACUUUGCGUGUUGUUUGGAGUGAUGUUGAGGAUAAGACACUGUCUCUCGCAAAAGUAGCUAUGAAAUUUGCAUUUCCGAAUGAUAAUCAAUGCGCUCAUUACGUCAAUUUUGGAUUAAUUCGUGACAUAUUACAUUGGCGAACUGAAAAGGCUUUAAAUAAGACAUCACGUGCAUGUCAGCGUCGAAUGAUGUACCUAAUGAAAAAUAAUAAAGCUUUUCGUGAACAAACAUUUUUAUAUCUUGAGGAACUUCGCGCAAAUCGAGAAUUUUCUAAUAAAUACAGUAACUUUGCGGAGAGAUUAAAGAAGCUUUAUAAUCAGGAACAAAUCUAUCUUGUCGUUAAAGUUCAUUUAGUUGAAAUGAUACAUAGAAUGCAUCAAAUAUUUUUAAAACAAUAUCUCUCGAAUCCGCUGGAUAUAACAUGUAGAAUGUAUGAAAUAAUAUUGGAUAUACCGAGCGAUUAUGAGGAAUUAAAUAUGAAAUAUAAAAUUGUUAAUCCAAAUGCAAAUUUGGACGAUUCAAAGUUCCAUGAGCCAACAAAUGUGAAUGAGAUUGAAAUAUCGAUUUUGGCAUCGCUUAUUCAUGGUGCUGUCUGUUCCACAAAUGAUAAAAUAAGCAGCACAUUCUUCUUACAUGAGACUUAUAGUAAAUUCAGUGAUGAUAAUUUAGGUGCAGCUGUAAAUUUAUUAAGACGUCUAACAAUAAUCAGUUUAAAUAAGAAUCAUCGAAGUAAGAAGUUAAUUAUGCCUCGAACAAUCUCUCCAUUUCAUUUAUCAAAUCGUUAUGCAUCACAAUUAAUGAGUAUUCAUGUUCCUGUCGAACUUUAUGAUGAAUAUUUACUUGCUGUAAGAGAUAUAUCUGCUGAAAAUAAUCUUUAUCAAAUGAAAUCUAUUAAUUGUGGCUGGAUAUACAUGAUUGCUGAGUUUUUAAAUAAGAAUUUAAUUAGUAUGAAGACAGAACGAUCCGACAAAUCAACCGUUAUGCUUGACACACCGUUUAGAAAAAAGACAAAUUUUGAGAAAAUUUCCGACAAUUAUUUAAUGAUGAAAAAUAAGAAGGAACAAACGGACGAAAAAGAAAAGAAAAUAAAGACAGUCCGUUUCCAUGCUGACAAUAAUAGCGACGAGAAAUUCAUUUAUCAUGAUGAUCCAAUAGAAAUUUUCUGUAAAUUGGACACAAUGUACCUUCACAUCUUUUGCAUUUUACAGGCAAUUGAGCACAAUGAGAAUGUUAAAAUUGAUGACUGGACAUUCACAGAAAAUGAUAAAUGUUCUCUGAAAAAUUGUGUGAUUCGAUCUGGAAAUAAUUUCUCAAUUGAAGUCCAGAAAAUUGCUUGUCAUGGAUACCAAAUAAUUAAGUAUAUCCUCAACAAUAGUGAUGAAGGACCUAGUAAAUAUGAUGAAAGUCUAAUCACUAAAUUUAAUCUAGUUAAAUUCUUUGAUUCCGUUAUUAAAAAGUAUCAAGAAGAAAAUUUGGAAAAUUCAAAGAAAAUUUUUGGAAAAGUCGAAUCAAAUUUUGAUAUUAGACAGAAAAUCUCAACAAUAUAUUUACUUGACUGUAUUCAGAGGAUUGCAACAGAACUAGAAGAUGAGGAUGGAGCCUGGUUGAGUGAAUAUAAGAAAAUUUCACAUCACAAAACUGACGAUGAAGUAUUUUAUGAUGACGAGGACAUAGAUCAAUCUAAAAUUGUCCCAAAAGCAACAAGUCAAAUGAAUGUUAACAAAUCUGCAGAUUCCUUUGUUGUCAAUCUAUCAUCUCUGCAUAUAUCUCUUAAUAUUAGUAAAGACACCAAGACAAUAAUUGAUGGUGAUCCUUACAAUCAGAAUUUAGUUCCAUUUGAUGAAGAUUUUCGUUCAAAAUUAAUUGAAGAAAUUAAAAUGAAGCAUGUUUGGAUGCCUGAAGAUAUACAAAAGAGAUCACUUCAAGAUGAUUUGGAUACAAUGAUUAUUUCAAAAGAAAAUCGUACUCAAAUGGAAUUGAUCCACAAUUUCCUUAAGUCUAAGAAUCAAAUUGGAGCAAAUAUGUAUGAAAUUAUAGAUUUAAUCAAUAGUGACGAUAAAGAACAAUUGCAUAAGAAUAUGGAAACAUUAAUUAAAUUAAAAUAUAUUCUUAGAACUGGAGUUAAUGAAAUUAGAUUUGUCCACAAAGAUUAUGCCUUAUUUUGGCUUAUUGACACAUUUUAUCUUACUGCAAAAGAUUCGGAUGAAGUUUUGGAACCGCCAGCUAAGAAACCAAGAUCGAGUGAUCGUCAAAGCACACAAGAAGGACCCAAUACUGACAAUGAAGAAACACCAAUGGAAGUAGACGAGUCAAUUGCCACAAAACCUAAAGAACAGACAGAAGAAACUGAGAAAAAUCUAAAACGUAAUCCAUUCUUUUUACUUCCAUGUCCAUGGAUUCGUGUUGGAUCUUUAAAUAGAACUUUAAAUCGAAGGUGCAUUGAUAAAUGGCUUGGAUCUAUCCUCAAUUAUUUAUCUGUUAAUCCUGGAAUCAUAUUGAGUGAUUUAUGCUCAAAAUUCAAUGUAAUAACACCUGUUCAUAUUCGGAAUUUAUGUGAAAUGUUGGAAAUGAUUGGCUGUAUCAAAUUAAUGGCUUUUCCAGAGCUGGAUGUAAACAUUUUCUCGGAUUACGAUACUCACGAUGAUGAAGCAAGACCUGCUACAUUUUUGGACGCUUUUGAUCGCACAUAUAUUGAAGUAAAUCCCGACGCAUUUCUACGAUUGACAUAUUUCAUUGGCAAAAAGAGGUACAAGUUGCCAUUCAUCUAA